GUCAAUGUCUGUGAUGGCGCUCCGCCGGUUGCUAUAUUUUGGUUGUGAAUUAAAAUGUUCUUAUUAAAAUGACUAAAAUGUGGUGCCUAUAGCUGAUACUGUAUACUUGUAUAUAUCUUGACCAAAAAUGAGUGCUACUUUUGAAGAGGCGCUGUUAGAUUUCGACAUCAAUUUUCUUCAGCCACCAGUUAACGCGAAUGAAUCACGUGGUGAAAAGUAUAGAAGACAAAUACUGACACUAAAAAAGAAAAUUAUUUCUAUAGAUACGCUUCUCAAAAAAUUUUAUUCACAAAGAGAAAAGUGGGAACAGAAUGAGGUUGUACUUCUAACUGCAAAGGAGGAAUGUAAGCAAGCGUGUAUAAACUAUCAAGAUACCUUAGAGAAAUGUGCACAUUUAGAAAAGGAAUUGGACUUGCUCAGUAAACAAAAUGCAGAGCUUGAUUCAAAAUGCAUACUGUCACAGAGCCAGUAUGAAGGAAUGAAAUCUCAUGCUAAUCAACUUGAACUAUUAGUAAAAGAACAGGAAUCGGUUAUUGAAGCACUAAAAAUAGAGAAGCACUUGGAGAAGAAUAAUUCUCACGAUCAUGAAGACAACCUGUCAUCCAUACAAAAAGAAAAUAAGGCCCUUCUUAAACACCUGAGUCUAAUUAAAGACAUAGCAUUGGGUAAAAAAAAAUUACGUGAACGCCACAAAGUAUUAUUACAGAAGUAUGAUUUUGAAGAUAUUAGUGAAGAUGAUUCUUCAUCAGAUGACAGUUGCGACCAGCCAGAUUUCUUCGAUGAUUCACCACAUUCACCGUUAUUCACUAACAUUUUGCCAGAGGACUGUACAAGAAAGAAAAAAGAACAAGUUUUGAAUCCAAAUAUCCAAAUCAACAUCAAGAAAGAUUUAGCACAAUUCAAUGAAGACUCUGAUUGUAGCAAUGAGUUAGUGAGCGAAGAUACGGGCCGAGGGUCCUCAUUAACAUUUUCAGAUGGGGAAAAAUGUUUUAAUAGUCCAGAUUAUUUCAGUAAUGACAGUCCCGAACAUAUUGCCACAAAAGUUAGUAAAAACAAUAUCAAUAUCGUUUUAAUGGAUACCGGUACCAGUCCGAACAGAAGUCAUGAAGUAGUUCAUGCUGCAACUAGUCCACUAAUAUUUGACGAUGAAGCUUUGCUCAGCGAUAGUAACAUGCUUUUCCAAUAUAACACUGAUGUAAAUAGCAAAGAGUAUUUUAUUGGUGAUAUUCCUCUAAGUAACGACAUUGUUACAAUUAAAGAAAAAAGAAAAUUAAUUGAUACAGGUACAAGUCCAAUUAAGGAUAUUAUAAAAACAAGUCCAAUAAAAGAAAUAGAAAAAAUAACCACAGCCACGAGUCCGUUAUCGUUUGACAAAUAUACUGAUAUAGGUGACAAUAAUGCAUCUAUGUCGACAGUUACAGAUUAUCAAACAAGUGGUCCACGCGAUAAUAGUAGCAGAAAACCGUCUUGCAUAGUAAUUGACGAAACGGCUACUUCUGUGAACGGAAAAUAUACUGUGAUUAAUGAUUUAGCAAGUAAUUGUGAAUUCGAAAUGAGAGGAAAUGAAGAAAGGAAAUGUUUGGAAAUAAAUAAUAGCAAAAGUUUUUGUGAUGAAAAUAGUUGUGAUGCUGAAAUUGAUAUGAUAUUAAAUACUAUGCGAUUCACUCAAAGACUAAUAACACCUAUUCCUAAAACUCCUGUAAAAGUACGUAAACAUGAAAGUGGAAAAGUGCAAGAGUUGUUUCAAAAUUUACCUGAAUUAUCUGGCGACCAAAGGGUAUGCUUAGAUUCUUUAGCAUUAAGAGAAGAUUUUAAUAGUCUUCACAAAGAUAUGGGUGGUAUGAUGAAAGAUAUAUCGUAUAUAAAAUGUUUUAUAAAGGAUUGUUUAAUGCAGCAAUUUAAUACUGCAAAUCAAAACAAUGAAAAAUCUAAAAUUCAAGUUUCUAAUAAAAACGAUUAUAUUGAAAAGUCUGAAACAUAUGAUGAUACUAGGCAAGAAACAAUUAUAAUACACCCUAAUGAUGAUGAUAGCAAUAGUAAUAAUGAAGAUAGUGCAGUCAAUAAUUUUAAUCUUUCAAACUCAUCAGAGUUAUGUUCGAUAAUAGAAGCAAAUAAAAACAAUUGCACUGGAAAUGUAUGUCAAAAUGGUGACAUUUUGAUACAGGCCCCUUCAUUAAAUGCCUCCAGGUCACCAAGUGUAACCACGAUCAGUGAGCCCCCAGCAAAUGGCUCUUUUGAAAGAUCAACCAUACCUAACAUUGAACAUGACUAUGCCAAAAAUGAUAGCCGUGAAGUUAUAACAUAUGAAGAAGAUUUGAGAAACGAAGAUGAGAGUGAUAUUAUAAAUAUUGAUGCAGAUACAAAUGUAGAAGAUCUUUCAGAAGAUUGUUGUAAAAUGAAAAGGAAAAAGAAUAAAAAGUUAAGUAAAUUAGACAAAUUCAAAAAAAAACUACAACCCAAAUCUAAAAUUUCAAAGAUGGCUCAAAUUCACAAAUUACGAUCUAAGUCAAGACCGUUGCCUAUAGUACAAUUACCUCGAAUGCAUACUAUAACAAUAUCAAAUAAUAAAUCUGCCCUUGAAAAUACACUCAAAGUUAUAGCAGAACUUAAGUCAAAAGAAAUUGAUUUGGCUAGUAAAAAGAUUAUAGCUAGAAAGGCCAAUAAUAUUGUAGAUGAUAAAAACAAUAGUAAAGAUCGUGAUUACUUAGACCAUCAAUUAACGCCUGACACAGAAGACAUUGAUAUAAGGCGGAAUUUGAGUGAUGACCACGAUUUCAAUGAUAAACAUUUAAAAACCAUCGGAGAUGACAAUCAGCAAGUUGAACCUUUAUUUAAAACCACUGAGAAUCGCAGUCGUAAGCUAAGCAAUAGUUCUAAUUCAUCAUGGGACGAAAUAUAUAUAAGAGAAAAGGAUACCAGUAAGUCUGAAGAAAAUCGAAGUAAAAACAAAAGAGUCCUCCGUAGUUCUAGAAAUCGAUACUUGUUCACUGAUUUAGAUUACGUCAACCCUAAAUUGACUAGUAAAGCGGAAAAACUUUUCGAUGAGCACGAUAUAAAGCGAAGCCGUAAAUUAUCUAAUUGCGAGGAUGAAGAACGAAACUACAGUGAUAUUUUUGAUAAUGUCCCUAGUGCCCAUAAUAAAAAACGAAAGCGGAAAUUAUCCAAUUGCAUGGAUGAAGAACAAAGCUACAGUGAUAUUGUUGGGAAUGUUUCUAGCGUACCUAAUAAAAAAAGUAAAUUGUCCAAUAGCAAAGACGAGAAGCCAAGCAUAAGUGAUAAAUUUAAUAAUGUAUCUAAAAUUGAAAAUGAAAAACAAAACAUUAAUUAUAAUAUUAAAAACGUUUCUGUAGUACUUAAUAAAGUUCUAGCCCCAAAACUAUUAACGAUCGGAGAUGAAAAUGAAAAUAUAAGUAAUUAUAAUGGAACCCAUAAUAAAAUUCAAGAUCGUAUAUCAAAUGUGGAUAAAAAAGAGCAAGAACAUAUAAAGUGUACAGAAGUAUCUGAUGGUGACCCACUAAUUAGCCACCCGAAACAAAGUAUUCUUUGUGAGAUGCUAGAAAAACAUGGACGACAACAUGGGCCAAAAUCCAAAAACCUGAAAGUUCCUGAUAAUAUUACUAAUUCUAUAAGUAAAAAGUUGGAAGAAGGCAUCGCCUCCAUAAUUGAUUUGUCACCAGCUAAAGCAAAACCAGCCAUGAAUAAACUGGUCGAUGAGGUUCAAAGCUGGGAUUUGACGCAUUUCCUGUUGGGAUUAAUGGUAUACCUAAAUGAUCCAGCUCGGAAGAUAGAGCUAUAUAAAAAAUUUCAUUCUCCACCUGCACCACCAAUGACUAAGUCUGAACAGGUUGUUUUGUACAUAGUGAGGGGAAUGAGGACUAAAAUACCAAAUAUAGUCGAAUUGAUUCUUACUUUCAUAGAAUUCUCACUAUUUCCAUUAAAUAGAACCCCUGAUUUUGACAUAAUCGAAAGUCUAUCGCAUAUAUAUGCGUUAAUAUGUCGGUACUUUGGAUUAAAGACCCGAUUGAGACACUUCAUGCUGGAUGCUAUGUAUUGUCUCCAAUUUAAAGUAGUCCCACUAAUCAAGCAGUGCUUGGAUGCAUGGAUGCAUAUAUUGCCUCUGGCGCACAUGGGAAGUGCUAAGAGUCCAUUAGUUACUUGUUUAGUUUACCUUCUACAUUUCUACAAGUGUGAGGACAAAUUUAACAGAGUUAAAGAGAUAAGAUGUAUAUUAAGCCAAAAAUAUUUCUAUAAGUUUUCUGAUUGGAAUGAACCAAGGAUUUUGGAAAUGUUCAAAACAUACAUCAAGGAAGUUCGAGAUAUUCCAAUACAAAAGAAGAUGUUAAGGAUUUCUCUCCUACUCCUCGGAAAACGGCAUGGAGCAAAAUGGUGUCUCAAGAAUAUAAUUAACAAUAUGUUGAUGCCUAUAAUUGAAAGUGAAGACACCCCAAUGAAAAGAAAGAUGUUUUGUGUGCAGAUGCUGGGCGCGUUACUAAAACCCUUCCCCGCAGACAUGAAACUGCAUUUGGAGAUUAUUGUGAGCCAAUUACAUGAUAUCCUGCAACAAAAUCCACCGGACGCCUUUAAAGAAGCUAUAUUCUCGAGUUUAAUGUACAUAAGCCAUCACAAUGAAAAUCGUUUGCAGCGAGCGUUAAUCGCAUGGCAGCCGAAACAGAUUUCUCCUGAAUUUCAGUUACGUUUCCGGGACUAUGUGAGAGGAAGACCACUGCAUGUGUGGGCGAAAAUUUUAACUAGGAUGACAAUGUAAAAUAUUUUUUAAGUUUUAGAAAUAGUAUGUAAAAAGUAUAAAUUUAAGGUAAGAUUUAGGAAGUGUUUACUCAGUGAUUAUGUUACUCCUUCAGUUUCCCAAUCUUUCUGUGAUUUAUAUUAAGAAAUUUAUAAGUUGUGCAAUCUGAAUUUUUAUUUAUCGAUUCAAUG